AUGGUAGCAGCUCCCUCCGCAGAAGCGGGGUCCAAGACAGUGGAGCAGGGUCCUGGAGAAGCUGGGUCCAUCACAGGAGUGCAGGCUCGUGGAGGUUUGGACACAAAGUUGUCAGAUGCCAAGCUCCCCAGCGAGACAGUAGGGGAGGGGCAGGGUGUAGGAGACAACUCACUUCGGGUGGACAUGAAGGCCUCGGAGCCCAAGGAGCUGCUGAGGGACAGAGCAAGAGAGGAGCAAGCAGACAGCCGACUGCAUGCGGUCAUGAAGUCCUCUGAUGAGGCCAAUGAUGAGGAGAGGGAGAGAUUACUACCUGUUGAAUUGAGGUUUCAGGGCCAGACGAACUUCCUUGUGAAUGAAACCAGUCACACAGUUGUACGACUUGUGGUGGAAAGGGUAGGAAACCAUGAAAAUAUCACAGCACUUGUUCUGCUGGAGGGAGAGGACACAAAUGAUUUUGAGGCUACAACGGCAGUAGCUUUCCUCACUGCGACUGAGACAAGAAAGACUGUCUUCAUUGCAGUACGUGAUGACGACUUGCCAGAAGCUGAUGAAACAUUUAUCUUCAGUCUUAAACUCCAGAGCCAAUCUGAUGGAGUUUUUAUUGGGAGCCCAAACCAGGCCGUGAUCACCAUUCUGUCAAACGACAAUGCCUUUGGUGUCAUUUCCUUCAAUUCAUCUGAUAUGAUUACUUUGACUGAAGCGCAAGGCAGAAACCAGGAAGUAGCUUUGACUCUGAUCCGGGAGAAGGGAACUUAUGGGAGUGUGACCGUGAACUUUCAGAUAUCUGAUGGUUCACACCCUGUAACAGAGGAUAUCACUCCCGAGAGAGGCAAUGUCACAUUUCGUCCUGGGCAGGCUUCCGCGAUGUUCACUGUUCUUAUUCAGGAUGACAAGAUACCAGAAGACGAUGAAAUGUUCACUGUGCAGCUGAUUGAAGCGAAAGGCGGUGCGCUCCUGAACCCAAACGCCUCCAGUAGAAGUAUUCUUAUAGUCCGUAAUGAUGCACCAGUGCGCAUAUCCCACUCUUACAUGGCUGUACCAGAAUCAGUUGGUGUCAUCAAUAUCACCAUCACCCGUGGACGCUUGGAAAAUGAUCAGCCAAUUGGUUCUGAUGACGACGAGGUCUCUGUUACUUACAUGGUUGUUAGUAGUAACAGUUCUACCAGUGUGGCCACUGCUGGUGUGGAUUUUAUUGACCUCCAAUCCAGACAAGUCGUGGUUUUCCCUCCAAGAGUUCACGCAACCCAGUUGCAUUUCAGGAUCAUUGAUGAUGACAUGCCAGAGAUUGCAGAGUCGUUUCAAGUGAUCCUCUUGGAGGAAACGCUGCGGGGCGAUGCUGUUCUGAUGUCACCGAGCUCCAUCCACGUCACCAUUGAGCCCAAUGACAAGCCCCAUGGGGUGCUGUCGAUCAGCACUCUUGCUGCACUGGACCCAAUUGUUGUCAACGAGGAUCUCAGCAUGAGAUUUGAACAGAUUGCUGUUGUGAGAAAUGGUGGAAUGCAUGGAGAUGUUACAGUGAACUUCACAGUAACCCGAAAUGGGAGCGAUGACUCACCUGUGACGGAUGACUUGAGUCCUGCAUCCGGAAUUCUGACAUUUUCAGCCAAUCAGAUGACUGCUGUUCUCUCCUUCAACAUCACUCAAGAUGACCUGCCUGAGGAAGCUGAGGUCUUUCUCCUCAAGCUGCUGCCUAGUUCAGUCACUGGUGGAGCAGAGGUGGAUGAGCCAAUGGAGAUGGUGUUCUAUUUGCAAGACAGUGACGAUGUGUACGGCCGCUUCCUCUUCCAUCCAGAUGAGGGCCCCCACAUUCUGAAUGAGCCCACUGGACGUCUCCUGUCCAUGGGUUUCCUGCGUGAGGGAGGUGCGCUGGGGCAGGUGGAGCUCACAGUCAGUGUUUCCUAUCAUCCUGCUCGGCCCGUAGACUUCUCCUCAGGGGGGGUGAUCAACGGCAGCAAUGUCGUUAGUGUGUUGUUUGAGCCGAAUCAGCACUUUGCAGAAGUAACUUUGCCAAUACGGAACGAUGCCUUCUUACAAAACGCGGCCCGCUUCAUCAUUCAAAUGACAAGCUUGAAACUGCUGAACAUUCUUCCCCGAGUGUCAUCUAUUAGUCCACGUUUUGGUGGGCCUACGCAAACAAACCUGACUGUGACUUCAGAAUUCGCCAAUGGAGAGAUUGGUUUUACCUCUAAUAAGACAGUGGUGGUACUGGAACCAGAGGAUACCAACUCUAGUCUGGUGGUCAUUUCACUACGUCGAGAUGGAACAGAAGGAAUGGCUGAGGUGUUUUGGAGUCUGCACCCCACUGGGGAAAAUGAUGUGGACGUUACCUCUGAUGACAUUUCACCUUUUAGUGGCUCAGUCAUUUUCCUUGCGGGAGAGAGUGAUGCUGAUAUCAAUAUCACAGUCCUUGCUGAUGACAUCCCAGAGAUCAAUGAAACUGUGAUUCUCACUUUAGAUAGUUCAAAUACAGAGAACCAGAUUCUGAAGAGUGGCUUCACAACGCGCCACAUUGUCAUCAUGGAGAAUGACGAUCCUGGAGGAGUCUUUGAGUUUGCUGCAGUUUCCAGAGGACCUUGGAUUAUUGAUGAGGGGGAGGUGGUUGAACUACAUGUUGUACGCUCACAAGGCCAACUGCUACGCCAGCUGAUCCGCUACAGAAUGGAACCCUUGGGGACCGAAGAAUUCUAUGGAGCCACAGGUAUUCUGGAGUUCCAGCCAGGAGAGCAGAGUGUGGUGGUGGCUUUGGUGGCCAAGGAGGACGGCUUUCCUGAGCUGGAUGAAACCUUUUUAGUAGUGUUGAGCAGUCACAGCACCCCUGCCAGUCACCUUGGAAACAACAGGGAGAUCCGCAUUACCGUUCGCCAGAAUGAAGAUCCUUUUGGGGUCAUAGAGUUUGCCCAAUCUAAUUUGAGUCUGGUCAUCGAUGAAAGCAAGGACAUGCAUCAUCAUUCAGCCUCCUACCCAAUCGUGAGGAAGAGGGGGACAUAUGGAAAUGUGUCUGUCAUGUGGAACUUGGAACCUGGGAUGUCUGGAGAUGUGAGUCCAGUCCAAGGAUCCGUGGAGUUUUCUGAAGGGGAAUAUGUGAAAAAUCUCACACUCUAUUCUGAACCUGAUGAGAUUCCAGAGGGCAUGGAAAACUUCACUAUUUCUCUUCUGUUUGCAAAUGGUGGUGCUCGACUGGGGAACAAUCGGAAUGUAACUUUACAUAUCUAUGAAAAUGACUACCCUAUUUACUUUACAGAACCAAACAUUGUUCUGGUCUCCGAAGGAGGAAUAGCCAAUUUCUCUCUGUUUAGAACUGGACCAGUCGAUAGCCCUGCAUCUGUUAUGUAUAUGUAUCGAUUUGGCUAUGACGGAGCCUCAUUUGGAGAUGUUACUCCUCUGAGCAAUGAUUCACUUGUAUUUGAUACUGGUGAGCGGAUGAAGCAUCUGUCGUUUUUGGUGGAGGAUGACGAUAUUCCUGAAAUGGACGAACUCCUUUACAUCAUUUUGUUUAAUGCAACGGGUGAUGCAGUGAUUUAUGGAAAUGACACUGGAACUAUUGUAAUUUUGGCAAAUGAUGAUGCCAGUGGUAUUUUCUCCCUUGAUUCUACUUCGAAGCCCGUAGAAGAGGGCAAAACGAACAGCUUCUAUAUUUUAAGGGACCGAGGAUACUUUGGCAAUGUUAGUGUCUUCUGGCAGCUGUUUACCAAUACUACACCUCUUGAAUCUGGAAUGGAGUUCAGCAACACCUCAGGCUCUGUGUUAUUUACCUCGGGGGAUCUCAUGUACCCCAUCGUGUUAGAGGCCAUAUCUGACAGCGAGCCUGAAUUCAAUGAAUUUUACACUCUAAUACUUGUGAACAUUACAGGUGGAUAUCCUGGUGUAGAUGCUGAGUUAGCUGCAGCAAAUCUCAGUGUACUUGUCAUGAUACCAUUCAAUGAUGACCCGUUUGGAGUUAUAAUGAUUCCUGAGGAAAUCAAGGGACAUGUGGUGGCAGAAGACACCACGGCUGAAGAUGACACCGCAAACAUCAUCUCCUUAAACAUUCUCAGGUUACAAGGCACAUAUGGAGAGGUCCGUGUCGCAUGGGAAAUCUUUUCAGGAGAUUUUCCAAAUGGCUUGCCACCAAUGAUGGACCUUAUUCUAUUGGCUUCUUUUCCACAGUCGGUGGUUGUAAACCCUAAUGGCAGAGUUCCUUAUGCUGGUACUGAUGUCAUGGAGUUUCCUGGCCUUCAUGGUGGAUUUGGUACCAUUGAUGCAAGCCGGCAGUUGUUCGACAUGCCCAGCAAUCUUGACAACUUCACAAUAUCAGCUUGGCUAUUACCCCAACCCAAUGCAGAAGGAUUCGCUUUUUCUAAAGGAGAUGGCAAUGGAACACUCUAUUAUGGUUUAAAGAUUCAUGCGAAUGAGUCGCUUGUAAGCAUGAUGCUGUUUUAUAUGCCUGUUGGGCUCAACCAAAGUCAAGUAGCAAGUGCCUCCAUGAACAAAUCCAUGGGGGACAAGGAAUGGAUCCAAAUUGUCGUCAUUGUGGAAAAUGGGACUAUUCACUUCUUUUUGGAUGGAGAGCUUAUGGCUGAUGGAACAAAAAGCCUUGAAGGGGAGGCAAUAAUUAACCCAAUUGGACCACUACAUAUAGGCUCGAACCCGGUAGGGGAAGAGCUUUACUGGGGUUUGAUGCAGGACCUACGCUUGUACUCCUCUCCACUGACCUACCCUAUGAUCAGAGAGUUGUACGGUCAGCCAUCACGGUUUGACUUGCAAGUUGUUUCGGGGUAUUUCAAGUAUGGACAUGGUGAGACGGAGAGCACUGUUGUGGUGGAGGUGUUGGAUGACCAGGAGGUGGAAGGGGAAGAGCUGUUCUUCUUACAGGUGCUUUCGGUCAGUGGAGGGGCUCGUCUUCCAGUGCCUCGCCCCACAGCCAUCCUGCGAGUACAGAAGAGUGACAAUGCCAAUGGCCGGUUUGGAUUCUCCGGCGAGUGCCUGCCAAAUAUAUCAGAAGAGGGAUCUGUUAUAGCCUGCACCAUUGAACGCGUUUUUGGAAGCCUGGAUUAUGUUUAUAUUAACUACACAGUCUUUCAGAAUGAUUCAACAGAUGCUGCAUCGGAUUUUGCUAAUGCUAGUGGUACGGUAGUCUUUUUACCUGGACAGCGUUUUGAGGUUUUGAAUUUGCUGGUUCUGGAUGAUGACAUUCCGGAGUUCGAUGAGAGUUUCCAGGUGGUCCUGGUGUCAGCCUCAUCAGGGGAUGGGCUACCUGGAACAACGCCCACAAGUGGAGCGAGCAUCGACGCUGAAAAGGCUGUCACUGUGGUGAAAAUCAAGUCCAAUGAUAAUCCCUAUGGGCUGAUGCAGUUCCAGACAACCCCAUUGCCAACUGGAAUGAUCCUUCCUGCCCAUCAGGAUGCUCAGGUCACGGUAAUGGAGGAGGAUGGUGUAGUUCUGAUAACGGUGGCCCGAGCACAAGGCUUAACAGGAGAGGUUACCGUUGGAUACCGCAGCAUUCCUCUCACUGCCAGGAGCCCUGAAAAUUACAAGGAUGUUAAUGGCACACUACACUUCAAAGACGGGGAGAGAUAUAAGCAUAUAAACAUCACCGUUGUUGACAACGCAAUUCCUGAACUCGAUAAAGUAUUCAAAGUGGAGCUGUACAAUCCAUUUGGAGGAGCAAACCUCGGAGUUGCAUCAUUCAUCACAGUGAUCAUUGCAGCUUCAGAUGAUGCACAUGGAGUAUUUCAGUUCAGUGAUAAAUCAUUAUCAGUAACUGGCACAGAGCCGGAACAAGGCCGCAGCAAUAUCACACUGCAGGUUCUGCGUUCCUUUGGUGCACUAUCCAAUGUAACAUUACUCUGGGAGGUGGAGCCAGCCGCAGAGGGAGAGUUGCUGCAUAUCAAUGGAAAUGUGACCUUCGAUGUCGGCCAAACUAUGUCCAACAUUGUUCUUCAAGUGUCAGAGGACGAAAUCCCUGAAAUAGACAGCACCUACAACGUGAUGUUGUCCAAUGUUUCCCAUGGUCGAAUAGGUGAGAGGUCUGUCGCAUCUCUGACCAUACUAGCAAGCGAUGACCCUUAUGGGCUGUUUGUGUUUUCUGGCAGCCGCCAGCCAGUACGGGUACCCGAGGCCGACAUCAACGUCUCCCUCACUAUCAAGCGGCUCAAAGGGCUGCUUGGGAUAGUGAGGGUGACGUAUCAAACGCUGAAAGACACGGAUGUUGAGCCAUUUCGCACACCAGGCGUGGGACGAGCCUCUGAAGGCAGCGACUUUCUGGGUGUUCUGUCGUCACUGGUAUUUCAAGCCAAUCAGAGUGAAGGAAAUGUAACAUUGCAAGUUUUUGAUGAUGACGUCCCGGAAAGGGGGGAAUCCAUCUUUCUGGAGCUGGUCAGCAUUUCAUUGAUAGAAGGAGCACAAAGUCGACCAAUUUUACCUAGACUUGGAUUGAGAGCUGACACAGUUGCACAGGUGAUAAUACAGCCCAGUGAUGAUGCAUUUGGGAUGGUGCUGCUAUCCGCUUCAGAAGUGUUCGUUGCAGAAUAUCACGUUGGACCUAUUAUUAAUGUGACCCGUGUUGGAGGAGUGUUUGCUGAUGUCUCUGUAAAGUUCAAAGCAGUGUCAAUGACUGCCACAGUUGGUGAGGACUUCAGUGUUGCCUCCACUGAUGUUGUUCUCCUGGAAGGAGAGACCAGUAAGCCUGUACCCAUUCUUAUAAUUAAUGACAUACUGCCUGAGCUGGAGGAAACCUUCCGCAUUGAGCUUCUCAACGAGACAACUGGAGGCGCACAGCUGGGUGACCUGACACAAGCCAUUAUUACAAUUCUACCCUCUGAUGAUCCCUUUGGUCUCUUUGUGUUUGAGACAACCACUAUUACCAUUGACGAGCCUGAAGUUUCUCCAGUUGAAAUCUCUCUGACUAUCAGGCGAAGUGGUGGGACAAUAGGUCAAGUGACAGUAAUGUGGGAAGUAAUGGUCAAUGAAUGGGUAACUUCAGCCGACAUCUCACCUGUAUCUGGAGACCUAAGCUUUGAAGAAGGUGAAACUAUCAAAUUUCUAAAUGUUGAUGUUCUUCCAGAUGAUAUUCCAGAGAUCAAUGAGGCAAUCAAGUUGAAACUCACUGGUGCCACUGCAGGCAGGGUUGGUACACAGAGCACAGCAGAUAUUGUUAUUCCGGCUAAUGACAAUCCACAUGGCACCAUCCAUUUUGCUCAGUCAGUGUACCGUGUACUUGAGCCCUUACAAGGAAGUGAUAUGGCUAACAUCAUUGUGAGAAGAAAAGGUGGUCAGUUCGGCCAUCUGAGGAUCCUGUACGGCACAGCAGAACUAGAUGCGGUAACCAUUGCACGGAUGAAUGGACAUGAUCUGCUGCUGUAUUUUGAUCCACCAAUUCACGACUUUUCCCUUGAUGCAACUCCAAUGAUAAUUGAUGUCAAACCCUCUCAGGACCGUCGUGCUGUCUGUGCUGAGAUCUGCCUAAAAGACAAGUAUUGCACAGCAUUCUCCUUCACCAAUAUCUCAGCUGUCUCCAUUUCAUGUGCCUGGGUGAAUGACAGCGCUGUAAAUCUGAAUCCGGACAACCAAGCCAUCACACACAUGAAAAACACAACAUCUGUUCAGAUUCUCUUGACUUCACAAGCCCUGCCCGGUGCUGACUACAUCCCUGUGGCUGCACAGACAGCCUUAAUGGCAGAUGGCUCUGCGGAAGCCAACCUGCCGGUAUCGAUACUCACUGACUCAUUAGCAGAGAUGGACGAAAGUUUUAAUAUCCACAUCUUUGGUGUCAGCCUGGUUAACAUGACUGUGGAAGAUCACAAUCUACCAACUGUGGGCUAUCCUGACUCUGCCCUGGUUACAAUUAGUCUGAAUGGUGAUGCGUUUGGAGUAUUUAUUAUGUACAUACGUAAUCCUGAAGCGACACCUGAUGGUCUGUACAUAGAAGUUACAGAGGAUCCAAAUGCAGAGGUUUUUUUGGUCAUCGAGAGAGUUGGUGGUAGUUUGGGCAGAGUGACCGUUGAAUGGAAAUAUGUUGGUGGUACUGCAAGUCCCAAUCUGGAUUUCAAUGUAACUGGUGAAACCCUCGUAUUUUUAGAUGGUGAUGUGAAAAAGACAGUGAGAUUCACCAUCACGGAUGACAAAGUCGCAGAGGGCAAUGAAACCGUGGUAAUAGGACUCGUAAACACAGAAGGAGGCAGCCGUAUCAGACCGGACUCCGAUUCAGUCACUAUUCUCAUUCUAGCCAAUGAUUUUGCGGCUGGAGUUGUGGGCUUCAGUGACACUUCUAGAUCAGUCGUCACACACAGAGGUGCAAGAGUCACUCUGCAUGUGGACAGGACGGCUCCUGGAAUCGGCAAUGUUACAGUCCACUGGCGAAUCAGCGGCCCUAGUGUCUCUUUAGCCUUCACAGAUGUCUCGGGACAGCUGUUCAUGCCUGAAGGCAUGCUGAGCAACACAAUUGUGUUACAACUAUUGAACAAUGUUAUCCAAGAAACAGUCGAGGUUUAUAGAGUGAUCCUUUACAACAUUUCAACUCAAGGGGUUGUAUCCAGUGGAAGAGCUAUCCUGGCACCAGAAAGACUUGAAUCAGUGGUGAAUGUUCAGAGUUCUGGUACAUCGCCAUCCAGUGUGUUGACAAUCGAGCCCUCCUCUCUGCUAGUGACCACGGCAGAGGAAGAUGUCACUAUCCACAUUGUUGUCAGACGAGAGUAUUCACUUUCAGGGGCUGUGAAUAUCAGCUAUGCCACUGAACGUGGCUCCUUAAGGAACCUGACUGAGAUGGAGAGACUUGCUGAGCCUGGAGAGGACUUUAAGUCUGCUGUUGGUUUCAUCAUCCUUCCAGAUGGGAUGGCCACAAUAUCCAUUCCCAUUGAGAUAGUUGAUGAUGACAUUCCAGAAUUACAGGAAGUAUUCAUAGUCAAGAUAAUGUCUGCUGUACUCCUAACCUCACUCGACACGUUGGACACUGAUGGUCUUGUGGCUGAAAUUGCCAUUGAAUCUAAUGAUGGAGUUCAUGGAGUCUUAAUUUGGCAGGAUGCAAGCAUUGAAGUAAAUGAAACUGUUGGACUACUGUCACUAGUGGCCCACAGAACUGCUGGAGCCUUUGGCAAUGUUUCAGCAUCCUUCUAUGUGCAGAGCUUAGGAGCUGAACUGGGGAAAGAUUUCAGCAUCACCCCAUCAGUGUUACAUUUUGCUGACGGGGAGAGAUAUCAGUUAAUUUCAGUACAGAUUUUGGAUGAUCCAAUUCCAGAGGGGGAUGAGCAGUUCCAAGUAAUCCUAACCAACUCUUCUUCUGGUCUGGAGUUGGGAGCUAAUGUUACAGCCACAGUGACCAUUUUGGCUAGUGAUGAUGGCCAUGGGGUGAUAUCCUUCAACAACAGUGAUCUCUAUGUGCUGAGGGAACCAACAUUCGUGUCUGGAGUCAGUGAGAGUGUGGCUGUCCUCUAUGUUUUCAGAAAUCCUGAACAGGGGACAUUUGGUACUGUCAGUGUUGAUUUUUUAGUUUCUGAUACCAAUGGUUCAAUUCACACCAAAGAUCUAACACCCUCAGAGGGUGUGGUGGUGCUGGAAGAUGGAAUCAGAUUUAAGGUUCUAGAGAUAUGGGCAGUUUUAGAUGAAGAACCAGAAUUAAAUGAGACGUUUACCGUGAUGUUGUUAAAUCCCACGGGUGGUUCAAGACUUGGGGAGCCUGUGCAAACCACCAUUACAAUUUUGGAGAACAAAGCCCCACUCAGCCUUUUCAGAAUAUCAACUUCUGACACGAGGCAGGUGAUAUCACACAUGCUGAAUUCAGUGGAAGUGGACGAGGGAGAUACUCAAUAUCUGACUGUCUCCUGCAGUAACAGUUUGGACACCAUCAUGAGUGUAGAAUGGGAGACCACAAUGGAUUCUGCUACCAGCUUGUGGGGAGAAGAUCCUUAUUUGGCAGAAUAUCAGCAAUUAAGACAUGAAGUUACCACAGACUGGUGUAUCCUAUCCAGUGGUGUUGAUGCUGUGGCUUUACACAUCAGCCAAAGCCAGGCAGAUCUCUACCGGUGGGCAGGGGUCCUUGUACAUAUACAGUCUGUCAGUAUACAGAGUCCAAGAAAAUGUAUAGGAUUUACGUCAUAUAACACAUCAUAUCUGGCCAUUUCUCAUGGAAGUGAAACUGAGGCUACAAUAAGUAUCUUCAGACUGCAGUCCAGUUUCAAUAUAAGUCUGGAGCAAACAUUGGCUAGUGGGUCAUUUGAAAUGCAACAUUUUUCAUGGAAUUCACAAACAUAUUUGAUUUCAUCAAAUGAGGUAUUCAUACAGACAGCAGAUCUGUUCUCAUUCCACCACCGACUGGAUCUCCCUGAUGAAUAUGUUGUGUCUAUUUUUCUCCAUGCUACAUCUCUGUAUCUCGUUGCAUGCUCCAACACAGUCAAUUCUAGCUGCCUCCUUUACACAUGGGAUGAUGGAGUCUUCCAAGACCCAAAAAAUGUAGGCAUUGUUCUUUCAGCAAAGGAAGUAAAUGUCUUGAAUAUGGGGGAAGAAAUUCUUCUUCUGGUUCUCACUAAUGCUCUGGACCCUACAUGUGAGAUAUAUGUUUGGGAGUCCAAGCAGAAGUCCUUCCAACACACUCAGACAAUAACCAUUCCCGGCCUAAUGUCCAUACAAGCGUUAACUACCCAGACAGGAAGUGCUCACUUGUCCUUGGCUGCUCGAGGUGGUUCUCAGUUUUACUCCUGGCAACCUGACCUAUCCCAGUUUGUCAAAAUAAUCAAAAUGGUCCCAUCAGAGAAAUUGUUUCUUCUGCCUGUUUACUCUUCUACUGCUGACAGGAGUUUCCUUGUUGCCACCAAUCAAACAAACUCUACAAUUUAUGAACUGGUUUUUGUGUCAAACCAAUCAGACUUCAUAUCCAGUUUUGGAGAGCUGCUUUUCUACCCUGGUGUCACACAGCUGGAAAUCGCUGUAAACGUCAUUGAUGAUGACAUUCCUGAGGAUGAGGAACAUUUUCAUGUCAAACUGAAGAACCCAAAAGGUGGAGCAGAGAUUGGAUUCAACAGUCAAGUGACCAUUACAAUCUCCUCUAAUGAUGAUGCUUAUGGUAUUAUUGGUUUCACACAGGACUCUCUGUUUAAUGAGGUGAAUGAGGAUGCUCGUAUAACUUUGAAUAUCAAGAGGAGUAGAGGGAGAUUCAGGAGCCUGAUUGUACACUGGUUCGCAAAUGGAAGCGUGGAUGAUAUUACCCCCACCUCUGGAAUGUUAACAUUUUUGGAGGACCAAGCCAUCGCUGCCAUCACCUUUACCGUGCUUUCUGACAACAUACCUGAACCUGAAGAAAAGGUUUUCAUCAUUCUCAGAGAUGUUAUUAUGGACAGUAUCGAGAAUCUGGACCGGCGGGCAUCUUUGGAUCUUGAGAACUCCGUAGCUGAAAUCAUUAUACUACCAAAUGGAUUUUCCUAUGGGGUGUUUGGCUGGCAUCCAGAUUUCCUGCACAUAAUUACACUGGAACCACAAAAGAAUCAUAUCAAUGUGACUCUGAGUAUUUUACGGAGUCAAGGCACAGUCGGUGAUGUUUUGGUCCACUACAAUGCCUUUGCUGAUUCAUCUCAGCCUCCAUUGAAUCAAGCCAGUGCAAAUGAAGAUUACAUACCUGAAGCAGGCAGCAUCAUUAUACGAGAUGGUGAAAGUAGUGGCUCUGUGACCAUUAACAUCCUAUCAGACACAGUUCCAGAGCUGAAUGAAACUUUACUUCUGAACAUCACAGAGGUUGAAGUUGUGGGUGUCACGAUGGAGGGUUGGGAACCCACCAUUCACAGGCCUGGCGAAGAAGUCGCAGAAAUCAUCAUAUUGGAAAAUGACGAUCCACAUGGCAUCCUGGAGCUCAAUGUCACAAAGGAUGAAAUUGGCAACAUAAUGGCCUUUGAGAUCCCUCCACCUGGGAAUGUCCUAGUCGUGCCCAUCAUACGGUUGGCUGGAAAGAUUGGUAUUGUGGUUGCAUUUUGGGAAACUGAACCUGUCACUGCUGAUACUGAAGAUUUUGGUCCUCAUUCCGGAAACGUCACAUUUCAUCACGGUCAGGGUGAUGGUUACAUAAGGAUAACAAUCACUGAUGAUGACAUAGUUGAGUCGGUUGAGACCUUUCGCAUCAGGUUGAGCCAUGUGACAGGCGGAGCUCGACUUGGGAAAGAAGUAUCAGCUGUCAUCAGCAUUGCUCCCAACGAUUCACCGCUAGGAAGUUUUGGUUUUGAAGUGACGAUGGUUGUGGUCUCUGAGCCGCAGUUCCCAGAUGAUCCAGUGUCUGUGGCUUCACUGUCGGUCUCGCGGAGUCCUUUGGGUGAAGGGACUGUGCAUCUCGCCUGGUUUCUGGAAAAGGAAGGAUGGGAAGACCUGACACCUCAUAAUGGGACAAUUACCUUCAAUGAGAAUGAAUCAAAAAUGAUUAUUGAACUUCAUGCGGUUGCUGAUGCUGUUCUUGAGGGAGAGGAAAAAUUCUUUGUUAAACUUAUUGCCAUCACGGAUGGGGUCAUGAUUGAUCCAUCAACUGGACAAGUGUCAGUGGUUAUUCAGGCAGAUCGGGGGGCCCUUGGACGUGUAGAAAUAGCAGAAUUCUCGAAAAGCAUACUUAUUGGAGAACCACAAGGAGAAUACAAUGGCACAGCAAUUGUCAGUCUGAAAAGAGGCCCAGGAGUUGCUGGGGAUAUUGAGCUCCUCUGGAAUAUCACCCCUGCUGUCGACUUCGUAUUUGAACAGAUCUCAGGAAUAGUCAUGAUGAGAGACCAGCAAUCAACUGCAAACAUUUAUUUGAAAGUACUUGAUGAUGACAUUCCAGAGAUGCGAAGUUCUUACCAGCUUGUGGUGAGCGCUUUAAGCCAGGGGUCAGAGGUUAACCUGGAUAACCGAGUGGCCAACAUCACCGUGGCAGCCAGUGACCAGCCAUAUGGGGUGUUUUCCUUCUCCAAAAACGUUCAAGAAGUUUCUGAAAGGAGCAGUAAGGUGAAUGUGACCGCGGUGCGUUCAAUGGGCACCUAUAGCAGUGUCGUAUUGCAUUUCCAAACAUUCAGUGGAUCAGCUGACAGUGGUCAGGACUUUGCUCCUUUAUCAGGACAGCUUCACUUUGUAUCAGGUAUCACAUCACAGGAACUAAUAAUGGAAAUUUUGGAUGAUGAGAUUCCAGAGGGUCCUGAAGAGUUUUACAUCAACAUUACUGAAGUGACAGCAGUUAACACCAGUUACGUGGACUAUACAGUGAGAGAUUAUGGCCUUCAGUAUGACCAACCCCCAGCCAUUGGAAACAUCUCCUCUCUAAAGGUUAUCAUUCAGAAAAAUGACAACAUUGAGGGUGUCAUUGAAUUUGAUCCCCGUUAUAGCAAUUUAACAGUUGAAGAAGAUGUGGGCAUUGUUUCUAUUGCUGUCCUAAGGACUGUUGGCACGUAUGGUUUGGUCAAAGCCAACUUGGUCUCUUUUGGCCUGACUGCACUGCCUGACUUAGACUUCAUUGUCUCCCAGGAUUCAGUGACUUUCAGUCAUGGCCAGAAUCUCGGUCAUAUCAACAUUACGAUUGUGGAUGAUGAAGAGAGUGAGCCCAGUGAAUUUUUUGAAAUCCAUCUCUCUGGUGCCACGGGAGAUGCUAUCUUGGGUGACAACAUUGUUGCUCGAGUUACCAUUGCCAAAAGUGAUUCUCUUGGUGGGAAGAUACGCUUUCUAAAUGACAGUACACUUGUCAUGCCAAACCCUGAUGCCACUCAGACGAUUACCUUUUCUCUUGAGAGAGUUGGGGCCUUAGUAGGAAACACAACAGUCGCUUGGAACAUUCUCGGUCCCAAUUCCAUGGAGGUUUUACCUACUGACAAUUCAGACUUUCGUGAACCAGUAAAUGGAGUACUUCACUUCCUAGAUGGGGAAACAGGGUUGCACUUUAUCUCGUUACAAGUCUUGCCCCAUGAGGAUGUAGAGGUGGAAGAGACAUUUGUGCUUGUACUUCAUUUAUUAGAAGGGGAGUCCGAUAUUGACUCGAGGGCUAACAAAAUCCAGAUUGUGAUCAAAAAGUUUGGUCAUCCAAAUGGUAUAGUGCAGUUCUCAGAUGCAGCUCUCGGGGAGCGUGCAUUCAGUGAACCAUCGGAAAGUGAGGGACCACUCAAUAUCUCCCUGGCUAUCACUCGACGAGAGGGUCUUACCGGGAAUAUCAUGGUAUUUUGGGAUAUUGUCAGCGAUUUUGAUGCAAGCACUGACUUCGCUGCUCUCGGUGGUACUGUUUUGCUCUCGGAAGGCCAGAAUAUGGCAUAUGUGUUGCUGACACUAUUGCCUGAUGCUGUUCCAGAACUGGAUGAAGUAUACACUGUCCAUCUCACUGCUGUGGAUGGUGGAGCUGAACUCGAUUUCAACCGUAGCACCGUCUAUAUUAGAGUGCACGCUAAUGACGAGCCACAUGGAGUUUUUGCUGUCUUUCCCGAACAUCAGCAGAUUGUUGUGUUGAAAAAAGAGGAAAUGCAUGAAAGGCUCCUUAUUUUGAAUGUAACAAGGCUUGCAGGUACUUUUGGAAAUGUUAGCGUACAAUUUGAGGUUAAAUAUGAUGCUCUGGGUCAAACUAGUCCAGAGGACGAUACGAAGGUGCAGGGAAGUGUCCUGGUAAUGAAUGGAAAAGAAUCUGCAAGCAUUACUGUGCCCAUCAACUUCCAGGUGUUCUUUGCGUUAGGAUCAAACCUGACCAUUGAGCUUCUAGGUGUUUACUUAAUUGGGCCUUUGCUUAGCUCCCCACCUCGUAUCUUACUGGAGUCCAAAAAUGCCACUGUUGCUGUUCCAGAGGAGGCAGCUAAUGCUCUGGUUGGCUUUCAAUCGCUGGCUCUUAAGGUCUCCAACAUACAGACUGGACUUUGUGAAGUGAUUGUUACUCGGCAAGGGCUUUAUGGGGAUGUGACAUUGGAAUGGAUGGCUGGAUAUCCCCCUGGAGAGAUCCCUUUUGGAUACCAGCAAGGUCAUAUCAGACCAACCUCAGGAAGUCUGUUGCUGCCUCAUGGAGAGGAGAACAAGAUUAUGUAUUUGGCUGCAGUAGAUAAUUCAACAGAUUCUCUUGCAUACGCUGUACAUCUGAGUCAUGCAUACUCUGAUGCUCCAGGGGGCGCUCUACUCAGACAUGGUUUUACUUUGGCUGAGAUUGAACCCAUGGGUAUAUUCCAGUUUGCCCCGGGGUCUCAAAUACUUGCAAUCACUGAGGAUGUCCACUCCAUCACUUUAAACGUACGACGCCUUUUUGGCUUCCGAAGUAGGCAGUCUUAUCUCUUCUUCGAAACAAAGGAAGGCACAGCAGAAGUGGAGCAAGACUUUCUCGACGCUAGUGGCCAACUGAUUUUCUAUUCACAGCAGUCAUUGGGUAUGAUAAACAUCUCUAUAAAUGAUGAUGACCUACCAGAGCCCGAUGAAAUAUUUUAUGUCUACUUGAAAGAUGCUAUGGAACUGGAUGGCAGUACCCCAACGGCUUACAUAGGUUCAGGUCCUCGUGUCGACCAACAGAAUGCUGUAGCAAACAUUACUAUUAUUGACAAUGACAGUGACCCAUUGAAUGUCACUGAAUUAAAUGGGCUGCUAAGUAUGACACCAGCACAGAUGACUGUUAAAGAGGACUUUUCGGGUGCUCCUGGCGAAAAGCAGAAAAUUGUCCUCAGGGUGCAGAGAACAGAAGGACUCAAAGGAGAAGUAAGCGCAAGCAUUCAGGUGUGUGCUGCAAAUAGUAUUAUUACCCAGAGCUGUCUGACUGAACAGCAUAACACCUGGGCUGAGGAAGGAAACGACUUUGAACUGGAAACGCUGUCGGUAACUCUAGCGGAAGGUCAAAGGCAGGCUGAGGUGACAAUUACAAUUCUUGAUGACCCAGAGCCUGAGGGCAGGGAGGUGUUCAUCAUCUACCUGCAUGAGCCUCAAGGAGGCGUGGAACUGAUUAGCGCCAUACAUCCAAGUGGUCUCACUACUUUUUCAAAAAUCAUCAUUCUGGGAAGUGAUUUUCAUAAUGGCAUCCUGGGAUUUAGUCAAAAUUCUCAGUUUGGACGUACACUAGAUGAAGACUCAGACAUUAGAAGUACCCAACUGCUGAUACAAAGACAAGACAACCGGGCCUUUGAGGAUGUGGUGGUGUAUUGGCAGGUGACAUUAAACAUUACUGACUUCUCUCUGGUCAGCCGUGGUGUGAACCUAACCAAAGAAUUGCUGCAGACUUCCGGGCGCACUGUCUGUAAGCAGGGAGAGGUCCUCUGUUCUCUAACUCUUGAAGUUAGAGAAGAUAAGGAGCCAGAGAAUCAGACUUGGUUUCUUGUAGAGAUCUAUGGAGUUGGGGAGGGGGCAGCCAUCAACGAAAGUGCACGCUUUGCCAAUAUCACUCUGGUGGAGAGUGACACCCGAGAGGAUGAGGAGGAGGAUGAGGUCAUGGUGUUUUUCGCGUUGGGUUCUCGACUCCCCGUUGUUCAUCUUGAGUCUGAGGAACUGAAUCUUCAGAUCCAACGAGACACCGCUACAAAGUCUAUUACAGUUGACUACUAUAUGGAGGUACUUCAAAAGGCAGAGGCUGUAGGACCCACGCUUAUUUGGCCUGCAGUGGCUGGGCAGGACUUUUUGAGAACUGAGGGUCCACUGACCUUCGAUGAGGGCCAGCCAACAGUCACUCUGCGGGUGAAGCUAACGCCUCAACAGACCUCCUCCAACCCUACACCAAAGCGCUUUAGGGUCAAACUCAGAGAAAAGUCUGGUAUCCUGUUACAUCCAAAGUACGGAGUGGCUAAUGUGACCAUAGUAUCGGACAAAAAGACUCAGUCAAUCUGGGCACUGUUGGACCAGCUGACACAGCCACUCAAUCAGGAUGUGAUUGAAAAUGUCCUACAGAGUUUCAACAACACAGUAACCCAGGUUGAAUUUACCCUAGAGCAAUUAACGGCACUGAUGGAUGCACUUGACAAGAUUUUGAGUCUGGCUGAAGAGAUCCCUCUUGAAGACACAAGUCGCAGCAUGAUCUACGAUCUUCUGUGCUCUCUAGCCAACCCAAGCCGCAUAGAUACCCGUGGCCUCAGUUACUUGGCAGAUAUAGCAGAGCGUUUUGCAUUCUCCUUGUUGACCAACGUUGCUUGUGAUUCAAGUGCUCAGAGUGGAUAUACUAUCCUGGAAAGCUGUCCAUACUUUGCAAUAAGGGCUCAUCACUGGUACCCCACGCAGAUCAAUGGCCACACUUUUAUUGGCAGAAACAAGGACACCUUCACCAUCCCUGAGACUCUCCUAGACGUCCCUGCCCUUCCACUGACCAGUCUGCCUCUCUCAGCCUGCCGUAAAAUUCAGUUUACAGAGUACUACACUGAACACUGGUUCAUUACAAACAGCAGAAAAACUGCACUGAAUGACAAGGUAUUUUCUGUCAGUUUGGCUGGAAACAUCUCUCUUGUGGAUGGGAAUGAAGUAGUAUACCGGAUACACACCCCAGAUUAUUUGAUGAAGCCCGACAUCUCAGCUUGCCUACUGUGGAACUCGCUAGAGAAGAGGUGGGAACCAGAUGAACCAUUCUGCCGCGUUGUAGAGGACCGUGACCAUUUUGUGGAGUGUGCCUGCUCCCAUUUGUCUGUGUACACUGCAUAUGCUGAGAAGACUGAUCUUAAUCCCUACAGUGCAGCCUUCUAUGCUAGUGGUUUCAUAUGCAUCUCAGGGUUUUCUUUGGCUAUUCUGUCACAUGCAUUGUGCUCUCCAUUCCAUAUGUUUGCAAUCAAGCUCCUCACUAAUAUGAUGGUUGGUUGCCUCGGCACACAGAUUUGCUUUCUUGUGUCAGUGUUCAGAGGGAAGAUGUCCCCUGAAGACAGCUGUGCGGCCCUUGGUCUUUUUUCUCACUACUUUCAUGUCAGUCAAUUUAGCUGGAUGUUUAUACAGGCAGUGAAUUUUUGGCAGACUCUAGUGAUGAAUGACGAACACACAGAGAGACGAUUUCUUCUAUUUCUGCUUGUGGGCUGGGGACUUCCUGCUCUGGUCAUCAUUAUACUGGUCAUCGUGCUCCUCGGAGGAUAUGGUUGGAGUAUUCAUGAAGCAUAUGGACUAGUUCAUGGAUAUGCGUGUUUCAUCCCCAAUGUUUACGCAGCGCUGUGCUCCGCUGCUCUAGUGCCACUCAUCUGUUUGGUGGGAGUGAUGGUGGUCUUUGCUCAUGCUUAUCGGGUUACCCAACAAUGGAAAGCAUAUGACGAUAUGUACAGAGGCCGGACAAAUAGCUCAGAGAUUCCUUUGGUGCUUAACCUAUUUGCUCUGGUUACAUUUGUGUGGCUGUGGGCAGGACUUCAUAUGGCUUACAGAUAUAAUUGGAUGCUGGUCCUUUACAUUAUCUUCAACCUCUUAUUGGGUCUGUAUGUAUUUGCUGUUUAUUUCAUUCUGCAUAACCAGUUGUGCUGGCCCACCAAAGCCAGCUACACUGUGGAAUUUAAUGGCCACAGCAGGGGCGUCUCCAUUUACUCUGGAAAAGGUGACAUCAUAAUCCCCAGUGAGAUCAGCAAAUCCACACAGGACCUCAUCAGUGCCAUGGAAGAGGUAUCGGCUGACUGGGAACAAGCCUCCCUAAGGCGCAGCAGCCAGAUAGGCAGCAUUAGUGCUCUGGGACCAGAGAGUCAGCCGUAUGUUGAUCCGGAAUUACUGCACACUCUCACAGCUGAUGACGAACUACAAGACUUUGAUGACCUUAUAUUUUCCUUAAAGACAGGUGCUGGGCUUACUGCCAGUGACACCGGAUCCUUGCAGGGAAGUCACGAUAGCACAAUCACAGAGUCCCAGAUUGUGGAGCUGCGACGUAUCCCAAUCGCAGACACACACCUUUAACCU